GUUUUGGGCGGCAAGAUAGGGGGCAUCCACAUUGCCCUUCCUCGUCGACUUCGUAUCCGAUGAGGUUGUGUUUCGUCCUCCUUGCAGGAGUGCUGCUGCAUGCUGCCCGUGCUCAAAGUAACGUUACACAGAAACCUCUUUCGUCAGUGCCAGUGACGACCACCGCCACGCCACCAACUUCAACACCCCGGACGACACCGUGGUCUGACCCGACCACCCCGAGUCCUACGCCCGUCCCAACCACUACGGAUGAAGUCACGACGACCGCUGCGCCGACAACUACGUUGACUCCUGUGACGACGGUGGUAGAAACUACAAAAACGCCGUCAAAAGACCCAACGCCUAUCACAACGCCACCGCCGCCGCCGCCGCCGCCUCCGUCAACGUCGACUUCGAAACCUACAGCUUCUACCCCACACCCAAUUACAACCGUCUCCGACGCGACAACCGACGCUCCGAAGUCCACAGCUGCCACAUCAUCGCCAACGACGACGCCAACGACGACUCCAACGACAACGCCAAGGACAACGCCAACCGCUGAAGCUGCAAGUGGCACGUCGUCGACCACGUACUUGGCGAUUGCUGGAGGCGGUGUGUUUGUGAUCGGCUUUGUGAUAUGUCUGGUGGCGUUGCUCCGUCGCCGUCAAGCCACCGAUGACGAAGGCGAUAAUCACCACCACAUUACGGCGCAGGAAUACUACUCGAAUCAAUCGAACAACCCUCACCACCAACUCACGGGCGGGUUAACCCAAAAGUACUCCCAGGGAGGUACCAUGUCUACGACACCGGCGACCAUGCGUCAGUCCAUCGACUUCUCCGGUCCUGGCACGGCCCGCGGAUCGUCCCAUCCUCGCUCUGGCAACAACCACACCCAAGGCUCUCGGUCGUCCAACACUGGCGGCCCGUAUUCCAUGACCGGCGAAGUAAAUGAGCUAGCCGGAUACGAUAUCCGGUUCGACAAAUCGAUGUCGAAUUUCCGAGUCGCGAACGAUGAAAUUGUGGUCGGCGAGUUGGUCGCGUCCGGCGGGUUUGGGGUGAUCUACCGCGGGCAGUUCGCCGGCGAAGACAUCGCGAUCAAGAAAUGUCUUCCGGACAAGGUCAACAACCACAGCGCCAUGGAGUCGUUCAUGCUCGAGAUCAAGCUCAUGUCCAAGAUGGACCACCCCAACAUCGUGCGGUUCGUAGGGGUUGCGUGGACGACCCUCGUGCAACUCAAGAUGCUGACCGAGUACAUGCCUCGCGGCAACGUGCGCAUGCUGUUGCAGGACGUGAAGAGCAACAACGGGCUCUCCAUUCCGUGGGGGUAUGCUUCCGGUAGGAACAAUCGCGCGCCGACCAAGCUGCGCAUUGCCGCCAACGUGGCGGAAGCGCUCGUGUACCUGCAUUCGAACGACCCGCCCAUCAUCCAUCGCGACCUCAAGAGCAACAACGUCCUCCUCAGCAACGACUUUGAAGCGAAACUCACGGACUUUGGCACGAGUCGGGAGAUGUCCGACGAGCACACGAUGACCGCCGAGAUCGGCACGCUGGCGUGGAUCGCACCGGAGAUCAUGCUGGGAGGCCAUUACACUGAAAAAGCAGACAUCUACUCGUUCGGCGUGCUGCUCAACGAACUGGACCUGUGCGACCUGCCCUACUCGAACGUGGCCGACAGCCGCGGCGCCGGCAUCAGCCACACGCGACUGGGGGUGCUGGUCGCUCAAGGCAAGGUCUCCCCGCAGUUCUCGCCCCAGUGCAUUCCGUGGGUGCUGGAGAUGGGCCAGGACUGCCUCCGCUUUGACCCGAGCCAACGGCCCACGGCCAUGCAACUCGCGUAUCGCCUGAGGCGAGCUAUUGCUGGCGUCAAGUAGAGAUGUAUAAAUAUACAAAGUUUGUUAUAUAAAAAGUAUUUUUAAUACACCAAAUCAAAAUAUUGCCUACUA